CCGACUAAUUAGGUCGCUCGUAAAUAUGGUCAAGCUCUCUCUCAUCGCAGCGAGCCUUGUGGCACCUAGCGUGCUUGCGGGUCCUCUCAUCGGCCCCAAGACGCAAACCGAGAGCCAGCUGAACCCGCGUCAAGGCGGCUACAACUACUUCCAGAAUUGGUCCGAGGGAGGCAGCAAUAUCCGCUGCAACAACGGCCCUGGGGGUUCCUACACGGCCGACUGGAACAGCAGGGGCGGCUUCGUCUGUGGCAAGGGCUGGAGCUAUGGAGGCAAUCGGUGAGUCGCUCGCGUGCCCUGUGACCAUAUAAAUAAAGUUCAAGUAAUCGGUCA